AUGGAAAAAUUAGAAAAUUCAUUUUUUGAAUAUCGUGACGAAACUGGUGUGGGAAGUGAUUCAGAAUCAGAGUUUAUUGAUAACAGUAUGGAUGAAUCUAUCGCUCCCAAAAAAACACCAGCCAAGAGAAAUCAAACAGCUUUUAUACCAGAAUCAGAUGAUUCUAAAACUGGAGGUGAGUCAGAAGAGGAGAACGCUCUUACCCACUUGUCUAAGUCGGUCUCCAGAAGAAGUAGCGCUAAAGUACAUCACAUUGUCCUAAGUAGUGAUGAUGACCAAAGCAAGAAUGGCAGCAUUAGAAGGCAAUCAGGUUCUUCCAAUAAAGUAGUAUUUAGUUCUUCAGAAGAUGAAGGUCAAGUUUCUCCAGAAAUUAUACCAAGACGAAGACUGCCUCUGAAAACAACUCUAACAUCAUCUGACUCUUUUAUUGGACGUAAAACAAAGAAGAGAAUUAUGUGUCUAGAUUCCGAUACUGACAAUUCCAUAAUUAUAGAACGUGAUAAAAAUAGGAAAUUAGCCUGCUUAAAAGAUACUCCAUUAAAAAUUGGUGGCUUGAAAGAAAAUAAAAGAGAUAUAAAAAAUAUGAGCAUACAAAGCAAUGAGAGUAACCAUAGUAGUGAUGAAGAGGAACAAGAUAGUGACAAGAGUGAGAACAGUGUAGAAAAUGUUGAUAAUUGCCAGGAAACUGUCGGCCAAAGUAGUGACAGCAAAAGCAAAAAGGAUAAUGAAGAUAACAUACCAAAUAGUGAGCCUGGUGAAGAAACCUAUUAUGAUGAUGAGCAAAAUGAUAAAAGUGAUGGUCAAAAUAGAAUAAACACAAGUGACGAUGGUCUUGAUGAAGAUCAGAUGGUGAUGUCUCAUGCAACACGCAUGAGCAUCAUGGGUAUAAUACCUAAGGAAAAUGACAGUGAUGAUUCUGACUAUAUUCAAUCUGAUGAUACUCCUCAAGUUUCCAGAAGAAAUUCUCUAUCUAGCUCAUCAGAUCCACAAAUAUUAGAAUCUAAUUCACCAAACACAGAAGCUGUUGAUGGAGAUACCUCGAAGAUAACUUGUUCCCCCAUUUCAAGUCCUCUCCAAGAUAUAACCAAUGAAAUUAAUAAUUCUAUUAAAAAUGAUUUUAAUAUCUCAAACAAAAGUAACAGUUCAAAUACAAAGACCUCAACUGGAUCAGAAUGUAAUGAUAGUAAACUUAGAAGUUUAAAUAGUAGUAAGGAUAUAAAAAUGAAAUCCAUAGAAAAAGUUAUUGAUGACGAUCUAACAAUGAUUGAUAUGAAGCCUGAAAUUAUAGCAUUGAGUAGUGAUGAUGAAGAUGAGGUCAAAGACGAGAAGAAAUCUCAAAAUUCGAAGAAGUCACAGAGUAUCAAAAAUGAAGAAAAAGCAAAGAGAGUUGACAGCAACAUUAAACAGUAUAUGCUGCCACAAAGCUACCCUAACCAAGUGGUGUACGUCAAGAAGCAUGUGCGAGAGACUGAACUCAACAAACUCAAUGUUCUUAGAGACCAAUUGCAAGGUAUUCGGAUUUUGCUGGAGACCAUGGACGUGAACACUCUCCCGGACGGCGGCGUGAAGCUCAUCGAGCGGCUCACGUCGCUCGAGGCGCAGGUGCGGCUGCAGGGGGAUAAGGUGGCCAACAUGGUGGUCGAGCCAGAUGUGCCUACGCCUAAAGACAUAGCUAGAGAUGGGUUUUCUACUGAGAACAAUGGUCUCUCCUGGGACGAAAUACAGAAGGCCAGCAACGCGGUCCAACCAAGAAUGUUCGGAAAACAGGCGAUGGCAACCCACAUGGCUGAACGCAACCUGAUCCAAGAGCGGCUGCGCGCGCUGUACGCGGCGCUGGAGUCGCGGCCGGCGGAGGGCGCCGCGGCCGCCGCGCCCGCCGCGCUGCGCGCCACGCUGCUGCCGCACCAGCGGCACGCGCUGCUGUGGCUGCGCUGGCGGGAGGCGCAGCGCCCCCGGGGCGGACUGCUGGGUGGAUAUGCUUUUUUUUUGAUGUUUGGAAAUGUAGGCAUAGCUGACGACAUGGGUCUGGGCAAGACGAUCACGAUGAUAGCGCUCGUCCUCAGCGACAAGGAGUCCUCCAUAGACAAUGACGACGAUGAAGACUAUCACGAUAAAAAACGUAUGGUGAAGGGCGGCACACUGGUGGUGUGCCCGGCGUCACUGAUGGCGCAGUGGGCGGCGGAGGUACGCAAGCACUGCGCGCCGCACGCGCUGGGCGUGGCGCUGCACCACGGCGCCGCGCGCGCCGCGCAGCCGCAGCGCCUCGCCGCGCACGACCUCGUGCUCACCACCUACCACAUCCUGCAGCGCGAGAGCGAGAAGAACGGCGUGCUGACGCGCGUGCUGUGGCGGCGCGUGAUCCUGGACGAGGCGCACGCGGUGCGCAACCACAAGUCGGCGACGUCGGGCGCCGUGUGCGCGCUGGCGGCGCGGCGGCGCUGGGCGCUCACCGGCACGCCGCUGCACAACAAGGACCUCGACCUGUUCGCGCUGCUCAAGUUCCUCAAGUGCACGCCCUUCGACGACCUCAAAAUGUGGCAAAAGUGGAUUGACAACAAGAGCAUAGGCGGGCAGGAGCGGCUCUCCAUCAUCAUGCAAUGCCUGAUGCUGCGUCGCACCAAGGCGCAGCUGCAGGAGCGCGGCCAGCUGCAGUGCCUGCCGCCGCGCGACCUGCACGAGAAGGAGGUCACAUUGGAUAAGGAGGAAAUGAAUGUUUACCAGAAGGUCCUGGUGUUCUCGAAGACGCUGUUCGCGCAAUUCCUGCACCAGCGCGCGGAGAAGGCUGCGGACGCGCAGGGCUUCCUGGCCGCCGGGAAGGACUCCGAAUAUGAUAAAGUUCAUAAGAAGAUGAUCGCUCUGCAAGGCGCCAAACCGGUGAAGUCCCACGAGAUCCUGGUGCUGCUGCUGCGGCUGCGGCAGGUGUGCUGCCACUGCGGCCUCAUCGCCGGCAUGCUGGACGCCGACGCCGACGCCGACGCGGCGCGGGACGCCGGCAGCCAGGACCUGCUCGCUGAGCUCAACAAGCUCACGCUUAACGAAUCUAGAAGGAAGAGUGGGGGUAAUAAAGAAGAAGAUGAAGACGAAGAGCAAGACGAGUCAGAAGGUACUUCAGUAGCGGAAGCAAUCAGAACGGUUUUGUCUCCGAACAAUCCAGUGUUUGAUUUACAAAAUCCGUCCUCAAAAAUAAAAGCUGUUAUGGAUUGUUUGAAUGAAAACGUUAUUUCUCAUAAGGGGCGCAAGGCGGUGGUGGUGUCGCAGUGGACGUCGGUGCUGGCGCUGGUGGCGCGCGAGCUGGCGGCGGCGCGCGUGCGCUGCGUCACGCUCAGCGGCGCCGUGCCCGUGGCGGCGCGCGCGCGCCUCGUCGACCAGCUCAACGACACCGCCUCCGACGUCAGGGUGAUGCUGCUGUCGCUGUGCGCGGGCGGCGUGGGGCUGAACCUGUGCGGCGCCAGCCACCUGCUGCUGCUGGACCCGCACUGGAACCCGCAGCUGGAGGAGCAGGCGCAGGACCGCAUCUACCGCGUCGGCCAGACCCAGCACGUCCACAUAUACAGGUUCAUGUGCGUGGACACCGUAGAGCAGUCCAUCCGGCAGCUGCAGAAAGCAAAGCUGGCGCUCGCCGACAGCGUGCUCACCGGCGCCAAGAACACCAACGCCUCCAAACUGACCAUUGAAGAUCUGAAAAUGCUGUUCAAUAUGGGUCCACAGUCCAUUGCU